AUGAACUCAAGAAGCAUCGAGUUACUGCAGAAUAUCAGCAUGGCAGUAUGUCACUUAGGUAUAGAGACGCCACAAAUUGUUGCAAUAGGCGCACAAAGCAGUGGAAAGAGUAGUGUUCUUGAACAGAUCUUGCGAAGAGAGUUACUUCCGCGCGGAGUAGGUCUUGUAACAAGAUGUCCUAUUGUACUGCAUAUAAGAAAAAGCAUUGAUGGAGUAGAAAGCGUGCAGUUUGAUCACAUAGAGCAUCCUGUAUUUGAUUUCACUAUUGCUCAGGCUGAGAUAGCAAAAAGAAUGGCAAUCUUGUGUGGCAGCAAUAAAGGGAUUAGUGAAACCCCGGUUGUAGUGCUUGUUAGACUGAAUGCAAUGCUUGAGAUGACCCUUAUUGAUUUGCCAGGGCUUGUUAAGGUUCCAAGUGGUGACCAGCCCGAUGAUAUUGAGGCAAGGAUUGAAAGAAUUGCAUUGAGUUAUGCAAUCAAGGAAUCUUCAGUAAUACUUGCAUUGAUCAAUGCAAAUACAGAUAUUGCAACGAAUGAAGCACUGAAGAUUGCAAAGAAGGCCGAUCCGCAGUUGAAAAGAACGUUAGGAGUUGUGACCAAGAUGGACCUUAUGGACGAAGGAACAAAUUGUAUGGACAUAUUGGCUAACAAGCAUCCAAGAUUAAUGCUUGGGUAUGUUGGCGUUAUUAAUAGACGUCAACAGGACAUUGCCGAUGGCUUAAGUAUCCAAGACACAUUGUCCAGAGAAACAGCGUAUCUCAAAAAGAAUUCUGUGUAUUGCCAGAUGUAUCCACGCAUUGGAUCUGAAUACCUUAUACAAAGACUCAAUGAAAUAUUUCAUAAUAUGGCGAUUGAAGCACUACCAAGAAUUAGAGCAUCGAUAAGAAACAGCAUAUGCGACAAGAGCAGAAGACUACAGGAACUUGAAGCAGAUGGUGUGUCAAACGAUGCUAAGACAUUGAUUAUGCUACAUCUUCAAGCUGUGCUUGGAAUAUUCAGGGAUACUGAAUGCACACAAAGAGUUUUUGUGAAGCACCAGUCUGGGUUUCUUGAGGAGCUUAAAGAUGUGUUCUACAACAAUCGAUAUGCCUCAUGCUUUGAUGACUUGAAUUCACGGCUAAAAAGGUCUUCGUAUCUUUUUGUGCCUGAAGCUGUGUUCCACGAUGUGGUGAGAACAAACAUUGCAAAGAUGUGUGAAAUGUACAUAGGAAAGGUUGAUUAUGUUGUGAAGAGAAUGAUUGAUGAAAUUCAAUCAAUAUCAGGUCCACGAUUCGAAGAGCUCACAGCCAUGUUAAAUCAGAAAGUUUGCGAAUGCAUAGAAACACAACAUGCCGAAAUCAAUGCAGCAGUAAGGCAGUAUGGAUUAAUACAAGCAUCACAUGUAAAUGUUGAUCAUCCGGAUUUUGAUAGAACAAGAAUCAUAGAGAUGAUUUUACGAAGGACAUCCAAGAAUGAGUUUGGUCUACUUAGCAUGCUCAAUAGUAGCAAGGGCACAUCAUAUACAGACAACAAAGGGUUUGAAGUAAAGCUACUAAAGGAGUUGGUUACCGCAUAUCUCCUAAUUGUAGAGAAAGAGAUGAGAAAUUACACAAACAAGGCAGUUCAUUAUUACUUCUGCAAUUACAUCAUCAAAGAAGGGUUAGGAAUAAUGCAAGGAUUACAAAUAGACAGCUCUUUGCUUAUGGAGCAUCCUGAGAUCGUUGAAGAAAGAAACAGAAUUAAAGAAGAACUGAAUAUACUGAAGAAUUCACUUCAGGCCACAAAUAACAUUUCAAGGCACGGUCAUCAAUAA